AUGGCCGAGGGCACAUUCAUAUUCAUGGUCAAACGCACUGUGGUAAGCACAGGACCGGUAGAACCCGGAAAAUUUUGCCACUUAUCUGUUCUUGAUCGCCUUAUGGAACAAAACCAAGUGAAGAUUGUUUAUUACUAUCCAUCUCGGGCAGAUGUGGAGCCUGGAGAGUGGAUCGAGAAGCUAGGGGACUCGUUCGCGAGUGCGAUUACUAACUUUCCUAUAAUUACUGGACGAUUACAGAAGAACACGGAAGGGCAUUGGAUAGUGAAGUGCAAUGACGGAGGAGUAAGAAUGAUGGAGGCUAAGGUGAAAGGGAGUGUGGAGGAUUGGUUAAAGAAUGUGGAUAGGGAGAAGGAACUCAAACUUGUUUAUUGGGAGGAUAUGUCCCCCAAACCUUAUUAUUGGUCUACAUUUUAUUUGCAGGUGACUGAAUUUGAAAAUGGUGGACUAGCUAUCGGCUUGAGCUGCACUCACCUCCUUGCUGAUCCCAUUUGUGCCACCAUGUUUUUCAAGGCUUGGGCUGACACCACCCUCUCUGGAAUUAUGUCAACUCCUCCCUUCUUCUAUUCAUUGCCGUUAUCAAAAGCCGACAACAAGAACCCAAACCAAGGAUCCUAUACUGACUUGAUUGACUACUAUAAAUCUUCUAUUGAGAGGCCAACUCCUUUGAUCACCAACCAAAAAUAUGCCACCAUAACUUUAUCAUUCACGGACCCCAUGGUGCGUGAUUGUAUUGCCAUGGCUCAAGCCACAGGUGCAUCCGAUAAGUCUCGCUCACUGGCUUUUGAGGCAUUGGCUGCACUUUUUUGGGUAUGUCUGAGCAAGAUCAAAGGAACCAAUGGAAGGCUUUUAAAGAUGUCGCUUUGUUCAGAUAUGAGAAAUGUCCUUGGCUUGGAUCAACGGUUUUUCGGAAACUGCAUGGUUUAUAACAAGGUUCAUUUAGAAUCUGCAGGUGAAAACAUGUUACCUGAAGCUUCAAAGGCAAUAGGAGAAGUGAUGAAAAAAAUGAAUGCUGAAGGGAUCAAGGAUUUGAUCUACUGGUUGCAAUGCAAUGAUAAUCAAACUGUUCCAUUGAUGAAUGGUUAUGAUUUUAUGUGUGCUAACUUAGAGGGAGUGAACCCAUAUUUGGCCACGUUUAAAGAUAGGAUCGAACCACUUCGGGUAUCUUAUUAUGUGGAGCCAGUGACUGGACCCGGGCAAGUGUUGAUAUUUCGAUCAGCGCCAGGUGAAGGUCCAUUGAGCAGGGUUGCCAUGGCUACACUACCGGAGGAUGAGGCGGCUAAGCUAUGUGAAGAUGAUCUCAUUCAACGCUUCUCUCCAACUGUCCUGAUGGGAACAAACAAAAACUAG